CUCUCUGGGCCCAAAGAUAGCUGUAAGGAGGGUUGAACCCCAUGAGAGAAGACAUAUGCCAGAUGCACAGUGUUAUAACUAAAGGUUAAGACUACGAAAGCAGAAAAAUGAACGCGUUUGGAGGCAGAGAGAACUCCACGUACAAGUGUACAUUCAACGAGGAUUUUAAGAAAGUCCUCCUCCCCGUGUCGUACGGCAUUGUGUUCUGCGUGGGGCUGAUCCUGAACAUUCUGGCCCUGUACAUCUUCCUGUUCCGGAUCAAGCCCUGGAACGCCUCCACCACCUACAUGUUCAACCUGGCCAUUUCCGACAUGAUGUACGUCAUCUCCCUCCCGCUGCUGGUCUAUUACUACUCGCAGGGGGACAACUGGCCGUUCGGCGUGGCCUUGUGCAAGAUCGUCAAGUUCCUUUUCUACACCAACAUGUACUGUAGCAUCUCCUUCUUGCUGUGCAUCAGCAUCCACCGCUUCCUCGGGAUCUGCUACCCAAUGAAGUCGCUGGGUUGGCUGAAGGUGCGGAACGCCCGGAUUAUUUCUGUGGUCGUCUGGGUUAUCGUUUCCGCCUGUCAGUCCCCUAUAUUGUACUUUGUUACCACAAGUUCCAACGGGGACAGCACCACCUGCCAUGACACUUCCAGCAAGGAUCUAUUUGACAACUUUGUGGUCUACAGCACAGUCGACUUGGCCUUGCUUUUCUGCGUCCCGUUCAUCACCAUUAUUAUCUGCUAUUGCUUGAUGGCACGGACCCUUAUGAAGCCCUCGGCCGCCACCGCUCAGACUUCGGCUUCCAAGAAGAAAUCGAUUAAAAUGAUUAUCAUUGUCUUGGCGGUCUUCAUCAUUUGUUUCUUGCCUUUUCAUAUCAAUCGGACCCUUUAUUACUAUUUCCGCAAGAUGGAACUUGACUGUAACAUAUUGAACGCCAUUAACUUGGCCUAUAAAGUGACCAGACCCUUGGCCAGUGCCAACAGCUGCCUUGACCCCAUAUUGUACUUUCUGGCCGGACAGACUGUUAGGAGAAGCAUCAUUCCCAGAAACGGACUCUCAAAAAUGAAGAACAAAUUUACAUCCUAUGUUCUAGAGAACAACUGGAGCGGCAGUGCCACCGGUGUCUCCAACAGUGAGGCCAGGCAGAGCCCGGCUGUAAUUAGCAAAGUGUAAUUAACCGAGAAAUGAGCCAAACAGACACGAGACAUCGGUGUAGAGGGAAGAGUAAGAGUGGACCUCGCUGUAGGUUCUACAUAUACCAGAUGCUUCAUGCUACACAGGGUCGGACUGGGCUGCCGGGACACCGGGAAAAAUCCCGGUGGGCCCCGGCUCUAGUGGGCCCUGGUGGCCCACACCCAACCCUUGCGGCACUCCCCCUGCCGAAUGCUCCUGCCCGAUGCGUUAUAUUUACGCGCUCGGGUAAGGUCGUCGGGUGGGGGGGCCUGCGAGGUUAGAGUGGCCCUGCGAGGGGGGUUGGGGGGCCCUCGGGGGGGUACACUAUGGGCACCCCGGUGGGCCCUCCACACCCCAGUCCGACCCUGAUGCUACAUUAGUUUUGGGGUAUCAACCUCCGUGAGGUAAAAUAGCUACACGUAGAAAUCAAUAUGAAGAAAUAUGGUGCCUUUAUCUAUGUGGCAAAUGUAAUGUAACAUUCCCAGAUAUUUUAUAUAUUACCUUUUACUUUAUAUUUAAGAAUGUUUGGGACAGACAAGGGGCUUUCCUAAGCUGGAAGCAUUAUUAUUAUGGUUGAACAUGAUGGACGUAUGUCUUUUUCCAACCCAACUUACUAACUUACUAUGUAUGUUACUAGGCCCCCUGAGCAUGAAGUAGGGAUUGGCAGGUAACCAAUGAAAUGGACCCCAGUGGUGACAAAAGCCUGGGAUAAACACGGAUGCUCCAUCCAGAUUUAUUUUGGUUUGCUAUUGCAGCCAUUUCAACUGCAGCUCUUCUUUUAGUUACUUCCUUGUCUAAUGUGAAAUCAGUAAAAGAGCUGCAGUUCAGCUCCUUGUAAUAGAGAAACAAAGUAAAUCUGCAUGCAGGGAGAAAGGUAUGUUAUUCCGGGGACUGUAUAGAGUCAUUUUAGGAGCGUUUAAAAUAAAAAGGCUUAUUUAUCUCAUAUGGGAUAAUAACAGAAACCUAGAGUGAGAGAAGAGUGUCUGCCUUUAGAUUCCCGUAUUCUACAGAUCAGAUUCCAUUGUUAUUUUAAAUAAAAGCCCCGCUUAGCACUUUCGGAGGGAAUCAUAGAGGCCCUCCAGAAAUUUCUUGUAUUCUGAUUUUUGACUCUCAUUUUUACCCCCAAGACUGUCCCAGUGCAAAGUCUGUAACAAUGUUGGCUGUGUCUGUGUAAUUUAUUGUACCACAGUUUUUAUUGUUGUAAAUAUAUAUUCAUAUUUUACUGAUCUAUAUGUAUAAACAAGAGGGGCUGUAACGAGCCCGAACACUAAUUUAUACUAAACCUUAUUUUAGUAGGUUUUUAAAAACAAAAACUUAUUUUCUGAUGUAAACAUGUUUUAUCUUUUAUAUUAAAUUGAAAUAGAUCUA